UAAUUUAAUGUACCACAGUUUGUAUUCAACAUAUUGGGUAACAAAUGCCGAACGACGUAGUCUGCGUCGAGCGACACUGAUUACCGAUUAUAAGAGCAAUGGAAAUAAGGGUCUUGUAUUACUAAAACAAUAAUGCCCAGGCAAUAGUGUGUGUGCAAUUGGUGAACGCGAACGUAUACAUUUGAGUUUGUAUAAAUUUGAGUGACUUUCGUUGCCUUGAAAAUGAUUGAGAACGUGUCGCAGCCUGUGAGCACUGCAACGGAAAGUCUUAAUGCUGCCCGUAACAUUAUACCUAAUCAAGAGUACCUCUUACAAGGCAGUGUUAUGGAUUCAGCUGUGGAAGUUCUUUUGCACAGGCUGAGGGGAUUAUGUGAUAACGUAGAUAGCGGGCCAGAACCGUUCUAUGAUCAUGAAAUGUGUUUUAGUAUAAGAGGCGCAGGCUCCAUGCAGCCAUUAUUAUUACGUGUGCGAAGAGCUUUGGACUACCAAGAUAUGCCCUGGCAGUUGAGAUACAUUGGUCAGCCAGAGAUUGGUGACAAAUCAAGGCCUACUAUAGUACGUAAUAGCAUUGAUAUUGGGACAAGUGCAACUGUUGUGGAAUUCCUUACAGAAUUGGGAUGUCGCAUGGAUUUUGAAUACAUUGUCCGAGGUUACAUGUUCCGUAAAGGCCGAAUGAAGAUUACAGUUUCAAAAAUUUUUAAGUCUGGGCAAGGAAAACCUUUGGAUAAUAUGGAGGCUCUAUCUCAAUCUUACUUGGUUGAGUUGAGUGUGUUGGCUCCCAGUGGUCAAGAUGCCAUUGCAGAGGACAUGCGCAGUUUUGCAGAGCAGUUGCGACCACUUGUCCAGUUGGAGAAAGUUGAUUGCAAGAGGUUACAACAUGUGCCCUAACUUGUCUGCAUAUCAUUUAUCAACUCUAGAUUCUUCUCAAUUGUGAAACAGUGUGACUACUUCCCAUAACUUAGUGCAAAUCAUAAGGUUUUCUUACAUGUGAGUGUAAUUUAAUAUUACAUUAUAUCUAAAAGGACAUUCUCAUCGCAGUAUUUCCAAGUUAAUAACAAUGUCUUCCAUAAUUAAAAUAAAAGGGCACAUACUAUGUGGAGGAGAUAUCAUCAAUUGCUAUUGGGUGUUAAUUUGUAUUAAGUGUUCAUUUAUUUGAUCUUUAUUUUUCAGUAGUUUCAAAUACUGUCACUUUAUAAAGACUGUUUGAUUAUAAUUUUUAUUUAUUGAUUAAUAUUGAGAAAUAAACAUUUUUCCAAUGUUUAUUUUUAAACAUUGUGAACAAACACUUAUUAAUCAUUUUACAUUAUACCUUGAAGCUUUUGAAACUUAUUCGUUUUAUAUGUUACUGGUUUCUAGCCCAAAAAAAUCAAUGAAGAAACAUAAAUUAUUAUUUC